CGGGCUGAAACAAAUCAAGAAAGAAGGAACCCGAAGAAACCAAGUGCGGGAGGCCGGUCACCAGUGUGAGAAAGAAACGAAUGUGACUGGAAUAUCAUUCAAAUGCAUAUCUUUUGUUAGAAAAUAGAGCGUGUUGUUUUAGGCUACUGAUUACACAUAUACACAAAAAUGGAGCCUUCAGAUGCCCCAGAUCCAUCAGCCACUGUGUUGUAUGUUGGCAACCUUGAUCGUCGUGUCACUGAUGUGAUGAUGUUAAAUAUAUUAAAAACUGGUUUAUCCCACAUCAAAGACAAAAUUCAGUCAGCAAAGGUUUUUGCACCAAAUGAUCCAAUGCAAGGUCCAGACGGGUACUGUUUCGUUCAUUUUGAUGACAAUCUAUCAGCAAGUCAAGCUAUGACUUUUUUGAAUGGUAGAGAAUUUUGUGGAAAGAAAGUAAAGGUAAAUUGGGCAACAAACUCUACAAAUGGAGGCAUGCCGAAAGUCAUUGGUUCAAGUGUAACCAUAUUUGUUGGCGAUUUGGAUGAUGAUAUUUGCGAUGCAGAGCUACGACAAGCUUUCGAUCCGUUUGGUGAAAUAUUAAAUGCCAAAGUUGUUAGAGACCCUGUGACGGACAAGAGUAAAAAUUACGGUUUUAUAUCUUUCACUAACAAACCGGACGCUGAGAGAGCUAUCAGGGAAAUGCAUGGCGCUAUGUUGAAACGAAGACCAAUAAAAACAAACUGGGCCACCAGGAACCAAAAGACACAGCCCUCCUCACUUGACUACGAUGAAGUAUUCAAUGAGUCGAAGCCUGACAACACUACAGUGUACGUCACAAAUCUUCCUGACAGAAUAUCAGAGGAUUUGCUUUAUAAGCAUUUCGAAUCGUAUGGAAAAAUAAUGGGCAACCCAAGAGUAUUCGAAGGAAAAAAUUUCGCGUUUAUUAAAUUUGAUAGUCAUGCUGCAGCAACUACUGCUAUUGUGAAAACAAAUGGUUCAGAAUUAAAUGGCGCUAUUUUAAAAUGUUGGUGGGGUAAAGAUGGUGGAGAUUCCGGAUAUUCAGGUGGUGGAGGUGGUGGACGCCAUCAUAAUACUUCAAGUCAUAUGUAUGGUCAAAGUCAAACGAAUACGCAAGAUAAUCAAAGUCAAAUGACGCCUCAACAAUACAUGCAAUACAUGAUGCAAUACAAUCAAGCUUAUUAUUAUCAAUACUGGAUGCAAUAUCAGCAGCAAAUGUACCAGCAACAAAUGCAGGGCGGACAGCAACCACAAGGUGCACAACAGCAACAGGGGUACCAAUAUCCGUACCAACAACCGGCCUAUCAACAGCAACAGCCGCAGCAAGAGAAUGGAGCAUUGCAGCAACAACAAUCUCCACCAGAGCAAGGCGAUUACAAUAAUGGCUAUCAAAGUUGAUUUCUUUGUUACACCGUUAAAAUGAUGUUAAGGGGAAGAUUUUGUUGCGAAGGUUUUGCAAUGUAUUGUAAAAGUCGUAAAAUGAGAAAUACUACAUUUUUUAA